UGCGUACGCACGAUUAUUAUUAUCGCUCCGACUGAGUCCCGGCCUCUUAACACUUGAUUUCAAACUUCUCUUUCACGUUCCUUCUUCAUCUCACUUUUUCCUGCUUUCGUGGGCAGCCAGUGAGGUGCAAACUAAGCGCUGCGUCCGAUAUCGCGUUUGUCCAGGUCAGGAGCUGGACUCUGGAAUCCGACUCCGACUCCGACUCCGAGCUCAACGACGAUCAUCCUCCCGCUGCUUCGUAGCCUCGGUCGCCAGCGGAGAGCCGUGACGACGCGGCUCGUUCACCGAGCGCCAGUCGUCUUCAUAGACGCGGCCCUGUGCGACAAACACGUUCUCCGCGAUGCUGACACCGGCUGAAGUUGACUCCGGGCCUGCAGGCUGGAGCAGUAUCGCGUUGCAGGGGAGCUUUGGUGGCGCUGACAUUUACCGCCCUCCGGAGCGGAAUCCGACGCGACGGUGCAACGUUUCACGGCGGCCGGGGCUGCAGCAGCAGCAGGCAGCAGAGUCAGCAGUGAGCGAGUGAGUGACCGACCGAGGGAGGCAUCAUCGAUCAUGAGGAGCCGCAGUAACUCCGGAGUGAAGCUGGACAACUACGUCCGCAUGGUGCAGAGAAGCGUCCUUUGUCACCAGGACCCCGUCACAGGGCUCCUCCCUGGCAGCAGCGAGCAUCCCGACGCCUGGGUGCGGGACAACGUGUACUGCAUCCUGUCCGUGUGGGCCCUCAGCCUGGCCUACCGCAAGAACGCGGACCGCGAUGAGGACAAGGCCAAAGCUUACGAACUGGAACAGAGUGUCGUGAAGCUCAUGAGAAGCCUCCUGCUGUGCUUCAUGAGGCAGCUGGACAAGGUGGAGAAGUUCAAGUAUAGCAGGAGCACCGGGGACAGCCUCCACGCCAAGUACGACACGCACACGUGUGCCGCCGUGGUGGGGGACGACGAGUGGGGCCACCUGCAGAUUGACGCCACUUCUCUCUACCUCCUCUUCCUGGCUCAGAUGACGGCCUCAGGCCUGCACAUCGUGUAUACCCAGGAUGAGGUGGACGUCGUCCAGAAUCUGAUGUUCUACAUCGAAACGGCGUACAAAGUCGCAGACUUUGGCAUGUGGGAGAGAGGAGACAAGACCAACCAGGGCAUCCCAGAGAUCAAUGCCAGCUCUAUCGGCAUGGCCAAAGCAGCUUUGGAAGCCGCGGAUGGUCUGAAUUUGUUUGGCGCCAAAGGAGGCCCUGCGUCUGUUGUGCACGCUUUAGCCGACGACAUCCAGCACUGUCAGUCUAUCCUUAAUUCUAUGUUGCCAAGAGCUUCAACAUCCAAAGAAGUGGAUGCUGGUGUCCUUUCCAUCAUUUCCUACCCGGCGUUUGCGGUCGAGGACAUAGAUGUAGUGAAUACCACCAAGGAGGAGAUCAUUUCCAAGCUGCAGGGGAGGUAUGGAUGCUGCCGCUUCCUCAGAGACGGCCACAGAACGCCGAAAGAGGACCCAAACCGACCUUACUACGAAUCGGCUGAACUCAAGCUCUUUGAGAACAUCGAGUGUGAAUGGCCGCUGUUCUGGACCUACCUCAUCCUGGAUGGGAUCUUCACUAACAGUCCGGAGCAGGUACAGGAAUACAGAGAAGCCCUAGAAGGGAUUCUCAUCAAAGGAGAAGAUGGGAUCCGUGUUUUGCCUGAGCUCUACAGCGUCCCCCCAGAUAAGGUCGAUGAAGAAUACCUGAAUCCGCACACUGUGGAGAGAGUCCCCAUGGGAAAAUGUCCCCUCAAGUGGGGACAAUCUCUUUACAUUCUGGGGAACCUUCUGGCAGAGGGCUUGUUGGCCCCUGGAGAGAUCGAUCCGCUGAACAGGCGGUUCUCCACGACAACGAAACCCGACGUUGUGGUCCAGGUGUCCAUCCUAGCUGAGACAGAGGAGAUCAAGGAGCUUAUCCAGAAGAAUGGGAUUACUGUGCAGACCGUAGAGGAAAUUUACCCCAUUCGAGUCCAGCCUUCACGAGUGCUCAGUCACAUCUACGCAAGACUAGGUCGAAACCAGAAACUUGGCCUGACUGGAAGGCCUUACCGUCGCAUCGGUGUGCUGGGAACGUCAAAGUUCUACAUCAUCCGGGACACAAUCUUCUCUUUUACGCCGCAGUUCAUCGAUCAUCAGCAGUUCUAUCUCGCGCUGGACAACCACAUGAUCGUCGAGAUGUUGCGCACGGACGUGUCCUACCUGUGUUCGCGCUGGCGAAUGACUGGACGACCAACAGUCACCUUCCCUGUCUCGCGCACCAUGCUCACUGAUGAUCAUAAAGACUUGGAUCCGGCUGUUCUGGCUACUUUGAAAAAAUUGCAAGAUGGGUACUAUGGUGGAGCAAGAAUAAAGACAGGAAGGCUGGCAGACUUCUUGACCACAUCCUGCUGUGCCCACCUGACCUUCAUGGAUUGUGAGGUCGAUGACUUGGCACAGUACCUAGAUAAACUGCUCUCAGUGCCCAAAGAAGGCCUCAGUCUCAGCACCACGAAGGGUGGCCUGAAUCGCUUCCGUGCCGCUGCCAACAAGACCUGCGAGAUGGUCUCUCUCGUGCGCAAGGCUCGGGCGCUCAACAUCCACAAUGUACAUAUGUACCUCCCCACCAAGCUGUUUCGAUCCCCGCAACCAGCCCUCAACCUGGUGGAUUCACAGGAUAAGGUGCCUGAGACGGAGUCCCCUGUGGUAAACCUGCCCAGAGAUGUGAAUGGACAUAUUGACUACUGGGCACUUGUCCAGAUGCUGAAGCAGUCUCAGAACCUCCAGGACCGGGCAGACAUCCUCUAUAUUUUCUUCAAAGACAAGGGCUUGGACUGGGACACAAAACUGCAUGGCAAGGGGUCGACCGUGAGGAAACUGCUGAGCGAUCUGUACGACGCCGCUCAGAGUCUGCGGCACUGGGGUGUCGUUCGCAUGAUAUCGGGAAUACUCAAGAAGAAAGUGGAGGAGCUCGAUGAGGCGUGUUCCGACUUACUGGCGCACCAGAAGCACCUGACAGUAGGUCUACCGCCUGAACCACGGGAGAAGACUAUCUCAGCUCCAAUGCCUCCUGACAAGCUGGCUAAACUGAUUGAUGAUGCUAGUGAAAACAACAUCGCCAUCGCCGUAUUGACACAGGAGAUCAUGGUUUUCCUGGCGAUGAACAUUCGCACGCAACCCAAGCUCUUCACCGAGAUGUUCCGCCUCAGGAUUGGACUCAUCAUCCAGGUCAUGGCCACAGAACUUGCCCAGUCACUCAGUUGCUCAGGCGAAGAGGCCACGGAACGCCUGAUGAACCUGAGUCCUUCUGAGCUGAAGAACCUCUUGCACUACAUACUGAGUGGGAAGGAGUUUGCAGUGCAGAGGAGUGUGCGCUCUGUGGGCAAGGGCUUCAGUCCAGCCAUCUCCAUCCAUGACGCUGGCAAAGUGGGAGCCACCAAGGGUGAGAGAGCAGGAAUUGGCAGCAAACCGAAGACCGACGUAAACGUGCACGUGUCAAGCCAUUCGCUGGAUAUCGAGCACAUUGAGUCAGGCAGAUAUAAACUUCCACCCAUCGAGUCAAUCAGUGGAAAUCUGGGCUUUCCUGUGACCCGGGACAGCAGACUAGGGCAAUGGAUGCGCAGGAGGCGCCUGGAUGGUGCCCUCAACCGCGUCCCUGUGGGCUUCUACCAGAAAGUGUGGAAGAUCCUUCAGAAGUGUCAUGGACUGUCCAUCGAGGGCUUUCUCCUCCCGUCAUCAGCGACGAGAGAGAUGACCCCCGGCGAGAUUAAGUUUGCCGUGAACGUGGAGACGGUGCUGAACCGCAUCCCACAGCCUGAGUACCGCCAACUGCUGGUAGAAGCCAUCCUGGUGCUCACCAUGUUUGCUCAGGUGGAAACCCCAAGCAUUGGCAACAUCAUCCAUGUGGACAGGAUCGUACACAUGGCCAACGACAUGUUCUACCAGGACCAGAAGGAUCUGGGUGCCGAAGACAAUCUCCUAGUGAGAGAUCAGUCCAAUGGGAUCUGCAGACUCCUGUAUGACAGUGCGCCCAGCGGCCGUUUCGGCACCAUGACCUACUUGUCCAGAGCGGUGACCGCCUACAUCCAGGACCACCUGCCUGGUGGCGCUUGUGCUGUGCAGUGAUAUUGAUAGAGCCGCUCUUUUGGGAUAAGAUCUGCGUGAUGCUUUAGCAUUAAUGAGUCUUUCUUCUGAUUUUCCAGCACCAUUUGUUACUGAAGCUGUUUUGCAGGACUCUGUUUACUGCAUUUUUUUCACGGCUUCCUUAAUACCUAAGUGUUUCUGAGUUGACAGAAGAAGUGUUGGGCUUCA